AAAACUAAAAAUGAUAUUUAAACAAUUAAAUUGUAAAACCAACAACUUAUUUGGUAUCUGAUCAGAUCAAAGUUAAAUUAAUGACCUGAGCGCACACACACAGGAGAGGAGGAGAAGGAGCAAAGCAACAACCCACUUUCAUCAUCACUAAUUUCGAUCUCAUCACGUUUACAAAUCAUGUAUUUGAAGAAACCAUUGUGGAGCGAAGGAAUCGAAACAACGAAACAAGAUUCAACUGGAUCAUCAUCAUCAUCAGAUCCAAAUGCUUCGGUGGUUGAGCUUGUCAAUUCACUUCAGCAACAAAGGGUAUAUCGUGAAGUCACUCUCGCUCUCACCACUGGUCUAAGGGAUGCACGUGCUGAAUUCUCAUUUCUUCGUCUCCGUGCUCUUCGUUCCAUUCUCAAUUUCCUUAAUUCCAUUGCUCAUUCUGAUUCCACUAUUUAUCUCUUUAACCUUACCCAAUCCAUUCCCCAUCUUCAAGUGCUUCCGGUUCUCUUUCAGCACUCUCUAAAGGAGACUGGGAAUGAUUACAAUUACAGUAGGGUAGGAGAUAUGAGUCAUAUAUUUGGUGUGGAACCUAUGAAGUUAACAAGUCCAUCCACAGAUGAUGAAAUUGCACUUGCUCUUAGAGUUUUGGAAGGAUGUUGUUUGCUUCAUCCUCAUAGUACUACUCUUGCCCAUCAACACAAUGCUGUUCAGGUUUUGUUGAAUAUAUUAUCCACCCGUGGAGUUCUUGAGCAAAGUGCAUGCUUGGAUGCUCUGAUCUCAUUGAUGGUGGAUUCAUCACCCAAUCAAAUGGAUUUUGAGAAAUGUAAUGGUAUUAUGGAAGUUGCUGACCUUAUAAGAGACAAACAAGUGGAUGAAAAUCUCAGGUUAAAAUGUGGAGAGUUUUUGCAAUUGCUCAUUGGACAUGUCAAUGGAAGAGAUUCACCUCCUUUGGCAUCUAUACACGAAGACACAAGGCGGCUCCUAGGGGAGACAUCAGCCUCCUUGAUAUGGGCAGCCAGUCAAUUUGGCUCGACGCUGGAUCCAGAACAGAGACUAACUGCACUCCAAAUCCAGGCUCGCAGGAUCCUUGAAUCAUUGGACUUGUAUUGAAUGUUAAAUGUACUGCCUACAAUUGUAGACCAGUGGGAUGACAUUUGAAUUUUAUGCCAAUGAGUAAAGAUAACAACAGAACAAUAUUCGGUAAUAUAGAUCGAAAUAAUGUGUGCAGUAUAGAUACACAGUUAAUAUUAUUAUCUGUAUUUAUACGACAAUGAAAAUCAACAUUGACAUCCAAA